GUCAAGUUGCCAGCUAGAGUGAAAGGUGGAAGGCCCUCAGUACGGCUGCAUGCACUGGUGAUGAAGCUCGCUCUUACUUACUUUUGAAGCAAAAGUUCAUGCCAUGUCUGAACUCAAUUGUUUCGCGGGCCUUUUCUCCGUUAAAACAAAAAAGAGGGCGUCCAACUCAUUGAAGCUUGUGACAACUAUGGAUUCGCCACUGUCUAUGGAGGUGCUAAUGAAGGAACUUAAUGAUGUAUACAAAAAAAAGGUGCACAAGAAGCUACCAAAAUCAUUCAUGUCAUCAGUACAGAAGAUGACUGUUUAUGCUGAAAACAGUCUUUAUGCUGCAGAAAUGUAUGACACUGCUUUGCAAAAAAUGAGAGAGAAAAAGAAGGUAAGAAUUGUGAGUGCUAAUGUCCCAGAAGGCAUCCUACCCACCGGGAACCCUGCCAUCCUUCACGAUAUCAGGGUCAAUGGCCACGGCCCCGAUGAUGAAAUCUACAACAAAGAUUCGGAGGUCCGCAAAUUGAUUCCUCGUGGUGCAACAAUCUUGGAGUUCAAGGGCAAGUCUGAUGUGGUAAUCUAUGCCAAUAAAAAAUUUACAGGUGGUGUUGGAGAUGAAGAUGAACAUCAGCCAGAAAAUAAUGAUCUAUGGAAACAAUAUUGCUUAGAGGAUCCCAGCACAUCUUCCAAAGUUGUUUGUAUGAAUAAAGUGAAUGGAGAAGCAGCUCACUUCAGUGGCAGGUACAUUGAAGGUCGGUUUUAUCUUUUUACUGGAAGCAAGAAUGUCCACAUGUUGAUCAGGGAAAGAAAAGACAUUGAGCUGUAUGACGGUGAGAGAUACACAGUGGCUAAGGUUGUGGCUAGAUCACUGUGGGACACUUUGAAUGAUCUGGAUGCUAAGCAUCGGCAGCUGAUGUUCAGUUUCUUACACUAUACCAAGUGCACUGCUGUGUGUGAACUUCUCCAGCCUGAAAACCAGCAUAUUAUUAACCUCAGCCACUUGGAUAAACCUCAGCUCAAUGUUAUCUCAUUCACUCCAGUUUAUAGUGAAUAUGAAGAGUCUAGCCUUCUUGCACUACCUCCACACCACACCCUCAACCUCUUAACUGCAUUAGGCUUCACUUCUCCUGCUUAUUCAAUAAUUGAAGCAAAAGAUGUAUUACAACACCAGACUAAGGUGCGAAGUGAAUUAUAUAAAGAAGGUGAAGUUUUAUAUUUUCUAAAUAAGAAUGAAGAAACCAUUGGAAUGGCCAAAUCCAAAACCUUCUGGUACAUAAUCAUCAGGGCUUUGAGGGAGAAAGCAGUUUAUUGUUUUACAUCCAAUAAGAAGCCGCAAAAUUGGUGUUUAGAAGACGGUAUUUGCUCAACAUGCACACGAUUAGAGGAAAUUCAGAAUUGGCUCAAGUUCUCAGAUUCUUAUUUGCAAAGAUGGAAGGAAAUGGGAAAAGGUUUUCUGCAAUGGUUGAGUGAAGAACUUGAAAAAGAACAAAUAGCUGUGGAAGAUAUUAGACCAAAAUUUCCAAUAAUAUGGGAGAAGUUUCUUUCUGAUAAAGAAUGGACAGACAAGAUAUAUCCUUGAUAGAGACUCUGAAGGUACUUGUGAAUAGUACCACUUCUGGGAGCAUGAAAUUACACAGUGAAAAAUUUUACAAGUUCAGAAUAACUUGGUCUACACUCGGCCAAUCUGACAUCCAUAUUCAGCUUAUUCACAAUUUUCGGAGUAGUUAAAGUUUGACAGACAUCUCAAGAUGACAUUUCAAUAUCACAUUAAUAUCACAGUGUAUAGGUAUUAAGAGUUGUGAUUAUGAGUACCAAAGAGUUUAACUUGUCUGAGCAAUGUGCACGUUAUCCACUGCUUAAAAACAGUUGCUAUUAAUGUUGGAAAAUAUAUUCAGUUAAUGGAAUUUUAUUAUUUGUAAUGUAUUAACGUGCACUCGACAGCACCUCGUCACCAGGCUCCAUACAAAAUUGUAAUUGGUACUCCAUCUCUUGGAGCACGGCCUUUUCAUGGUGGAGACAAUCGUGUGCUCCAACAUACCAGAAGGCAGUAGUGUGUGGCUUGCAAAACCCUUCUCCCUUCUGAUCAAAGGGAUAGGAGACAGUCACAAGUGCUCCAUCUGCCGAGAUAAACCUUGUGUUCAUGCACAAUGAAAUCACCAGAAUGUGAUGAAUCUAUGAAUAAAUAUUGAGGUUGUAUGACAGAAUUGAACCCAAAUCCCUGAGCCUGCACCCCCAUUGAUCUGCAGUGCCUUGUACCCUCCGGUUUGACUCCUUGCUGGGAGAAUUAAGCCAAAUUUUGAAUCCCUCUCACAUGAGGUUUGAUUAAUAUUUUUACAGAGGGAAUGACCUCAUAAUGGCCCCCCAAAAAAAUCCUAACAGGCUUCCUGUUUCCAAAGAUAGGGGACAGGAAGCUUGUUAGGAUUAGUAGGGGUUCCCAUACGCAAAUUACUAACCUUUCUCAGGACGCAUCCCACACCGAAAAAGACCAAAGGCAACCAAAGAGCUGAAGCUCAACUCCCGCAAUCACAACUAGGCGAGUACAACAGUUGUUUAAUAGAUUAUAAUUGAUAUUCUGCUUGAGAGUGCUGAUGGCUUUUCCUCUUAGAUUAUAGAAGUACUGUAUCUGUAGUUGCAUAUUGGUUGAAUAUAGGUUACAGAGACUUGCUUGUAAAAAAAAUGCAAGUUUCCUCGGUCAGUUAGGUAAACCUAACAUUGUGGAAACUGGUGGAUGCCAGUAGAAAAUUGUGAAGGAAAUUUGCUAUUUAAUAAACUGUUCGACUUCAGUUGAUAUGAGACUAAAGGUACACAUGAUAAUUGUGAAAUAUUACAUCAUUAAGACAGAAAGUCACAAGGUGUAACUUCUUACUGAUAGCUUAGUACAUUUACUGUUGUAGUGCAUUCUUGGGUAGUCCUCUAAAGCAUUAUAUGAAGAUACUAUACUGGAAUAUCUCUUGCAUUAUGUUCAGGCUUGGUGCCUUCUUUUGAUAAUUACUUACAUCAUGUAAGCAAGCACUUAGUGAAGGAGAUAUUAACUUGCAAAAAAAUUACAAAGUGUAAAAUGCCUAACAUUGGAAAUAACAGAAGAAAAGGUAAUCAAUACAGAUAAAUAUGGUAAAUUAGAGUGCAUAAAUAAUUAUAUAAUUCCAGAAUGUAGCUGAUCAUAUCAAAGGAAUUUUAGUAAAAAAAAAAUUGAAUUAAUGAAGAAAAAUGCAAUCUCUUUUCCUUUCAUAUUGUUUGUAAUAUUGAUUGGCUAAUACUGUACCUCCAGUAAAUUAUUUAACAUAUGUAUUUUGUUGCAUAUAUAAUUGUUAACUUUUGACAUUUUAAGUAAGGGUGUUUAAAGUAUUGGAAGGAGAAAAUAUAAGGCAACUGGGAGGGCAUGCUAAUCAGCGCUCUAUGCAGAUGACACAGCAGUAUUAUUUACCAUUGUCUAAUUCAACUGUUGAAAUAAGCUUUUACCUGUGAGCCACUAACACUAGUGGCCUCGACGAGGACAGCUUCCUGUCUUCAUCGAAGCUGGCUUGUCAAAGGUCCCUCUUCGGCAAGUUUGUUUGUUAUAGAAAUAUAUAACCUCAUGAUUCAUUGAAAUCUCAUUACUCUACUGUAUUUAAUUUUAAAUAUAAAAUCCAUUAUUCUUUCAUUAAAGCAUAAAACCUCA